CACAUUAGACAAAUGGCGUACGUCUUUACUAACUUACGCCCACUACAGUAUUCGCCGGUCGUAUUACUGGAAGAAAUUGGAUUUGGAGGGAAAAAGAAGAGAGAAGAAAAUGCCGGUGGCAAGGCCUGAAACCUCUGAUUCCAGAGUCAUUGCUCACGUCGACAUGGACUGCUUCUACGUUCAAGUGGAGCAAAGGAAACAACCAGAUUUAAGGGGCUUACCAACAGCUGUGGUACAGUAUAACGCCUGGAAAGGUGGGGCCUUGAUUGCUGUCAGCUAUGAGGCCCGAAAAUGUGGUGUGAAACGUUCGAUGCGAGGUUCUGAGUCAAAGCAAGUUUGCCCACAAAUUCAGCUGGUCCAAGUCCCAGUAGCACGUGGUAAAGCUGACUUGAGCACAUACCGCAAUGCGGGAUCAGAGGUGGUUUCUAUUCUGGCAAGGAAGGGUCGAUGUGAGAGGGCAUCAAUUGACGAAGUGUAUCUUGAUCUUACUGAUGCAGCAGAAACCAUGUUAGCGGAAGCUCCUCCCGAGAGCUUGGAAAUAAUUGAAGAGGAAGCUCUCAAGUCGCAUGUUUUGGGGCUUCAAAGCGAGGUUAGUGUUAGCGAGGACAGCAGUGAUGCCAAAGAAAAUGUGCGAAAAUGGCUUUGCAGGAGCAGUGUUGAUCGACGUGAUAAACUAUUAGCUUGUGGGGCACUCAUUGUUGCAGAACUCAGGUUGCAAGUGUUGAAGGAGACUGAAUUUACUUGUUCAGCUGGCAUUGCUCAUAAUAAGAUGCUGGCUAAACUUGCAAGUGGUAUGAAUAAACCUGCACAACAAACUAUUGUUCCGUCCUCAUCUGUAAAAGGAUUGCUAGAUCCCUUGCCAAUUAAGAAAAUGAAGCAGCUUGGAGGAAAGUUGGGUAAUUCAUUACAAAGUGACCUGGGUAUUAACACUGUUGGUGACCUUUUGCAGUUUUCAGAAGCAAAACUACAAGAACUCUAUGGAAUCAAUACUGGUACCUGGUUAUGGAAUAUUGCUAGAGGGGUCAGUGGGGAAGAAGUUGAGGGACGCCUUCUUCCGAAAAGCCAUGGUUCUGGGAAGACAUUUCCUGGACCUCAGGCUUUGAAGACGAUUGCUUCUGUUCAGCAUUGGCUUAAUCAACUUUGCGAGGAAUUGAGUGAACGUCUUCUAUCAGACUUGGACCAGAACAAAAGGAUAGCUCACACACUAAUGAUGCAUGGUACUGCAUACAAGGCCAGUGAUUCAGAUUCACAUAAGAAGUUUCCUUCGAAGUCUUGUCCCUUAAGGUAUGGGACUGCCAAGAUACAAGAAGAUGCUUUUAGUCUAUUUCAAGCUGCAUUACGAGAAUACUUGGGUUCAUACACAGCCAAAAUACAAGGAAAUCAAAACAACCAAUGGGGAAUAACGUCACUUUCUGUUUCAGCAAGUAAAAUUGUUCCUAUACCAACUGGAACAGCUUCAAUCACGAAAUACUUUCAUGGCAAUCAUACGUCUUGCUCUUCAACAAUGCAAACACAGGAUACCCUUUUUGAAGAAGCUGAUCCUCUGUCACCUGCAGGUAAAGAAAGCAACCCGGAGGUGAAUGUAACUAAGCCACAGAUUGAGUUCCCUGGUGAAGAAACCACGAUCAAGCAUGCUGUGCCUAGUUUGGAUCAACUGGAAGACAAAAAGGAUUUGUUGAAUGACCAGAAUCCAUGUUGCUCUUCAGAAAAUCAAAUACAAGAUGAAUUCACCCAAGAAUCUGUACCCUUGUCGACCUCAGGAAGCGAGCACUGCUCACGAAUUAAUCAAAGUCGACAAAUGAAAAUUAAUUAUGGGGAAGAACCUUGUGUUAAUGUGCCUAGUUCCAAUAGACCGGAGCUGAAAAGAAAAACAUUGAAAGACAAGGGAACAUCUUCGAUAUUGAGAUUCUUCAAGAAUCAAGAUCCAUCUUGCGCUCCACAGAAGCUAGAACAUGCUAAAAAUAUUGAAGAUGGUAAAGCACCACCAUCUGUUGGCUCCCAGUCUGGAAAUGAUAGCAGUUUGGAUAGUAAUCAAUCUGAGCUGCCAAAAGAAAGACCUUUUGAAGAAGCUGGGGCUUCUAGCGUGUCCGGUUGGUCUCAAAUUGAACAAAGAACGGGAGCAUCGUGGAGUUACAAUGUCGAUGAGAUUGACCCCUCUGUCAUCGAUGAGCUGCCACCAGAAAUACAACAAGAAGUUCGUGCCUUGCUCCGGCCUCACAAGCGGCACAAUGUAGUGAAACGGGGUCCUAGUAUUGCUCAUUACUUCUCACCAACCAAGAAGGCAUAGUCUAUGAUGUCGUUCUGCACGUUGCUGUAUUUAAAUCCAAUUUAUUAUUAGUUACUUCCAUAGAAUGAGAGAACCUUACAGAUUUGGGGUAGCUCUUGCAGUGCCUUGUGUAUAUUAUACUACCGUCUGUCAAAUCACUUACGGUCUAAUAGCAUUUUUCUGUAAUGGUAAGUGUAAGAUCUUAAAUUCAAAUCUUAAGAUUAACGAAUUCAAUACCAAUUUAUUCUUUAGUUGUAAA